AGCAACAUUUGUGAUUAAGUUACAUUAAUUCCAUCAUUUCACUGCAAUUGAAAUAAAAAUAUGCCGUCGCAAGGGAGUAGAACUACUCGCGUAAGUUCGAGGACUAGAAGGGGACGGCCAUCUGUUAAGAAAAGAUGCUAUGCUGCCUCAAAUCAAGAUGAGGCAGAAGAAAAUGAUGGUGAAGAAUUGGCUUCAACCUCGUGUGAAGUAAUUCAGAGAAUCACACAAUACAAUCUUAGACGAAGGCCGGGAGAUGCAAGUAACACAGUUGUUCCAGUCAAAAAAAAGAAACGAACCAAAUCCAAUGCACCAGAAAUAAAAGGAGAAGCUGUUGGGGGUCGAUAUCUUCAAGAAGACUUGCCUGAUGAAGUUCUCCUCAAAAUCUUCAGUUAUCUUUUAGAGUUUGACCUGUGUAGGGUGGCCAAGGUCUGCAAGAGGUUCAAAACCAUUGCAGAUGAUGCUGAGCUAUGGAGGAAGUUGUAUCAACAAAUAUUUGAAUAUGAUCUGCCACUGAUUCGUCCAGAACCCAAAGUGUUCACCUUCCUGGAAAAAGACUGCAAAGACUAUGCCAAUCCAUGGAAGGAAAGCUUUAAGCAACUGUUCCAUGGAGUACAUGUGCGGCCAGGCUGUGGUCACAUGUAUGGUAAUCGCGGUCGGCGGUGGAAAAGCAGGUCAAUGUUUUGUUUUGAUUCAAUAGAGCAGGCCUAUUCCUGGAUUGACAAUGAAAGGUAUGAAGACGGGAUCAUUUUUGUCCACACGGGGAUAUAUGUUGGAGAAUUCCUGCUCAUUGACCUCAAUAUUGCCGUUAUUGGGGCAGCCCAAGGAAAUGUGAUGGACCAGGUCAUCAUUGAGCGUGAGAGCGAAUCUACAAUCGUGUUUGUGGACAACUGUAAGGACGCAUACCUGGGAUAUGUGACAUUGAAGUUCACACCAGACAUCGCAACAUCCGUUCCCCACCACAAGCAUUAUGCCCUUGAAGUGACAGAAAACUGCUCACCAACCAUAGACCACUGCCGCAUUAAGAGUACUUCUGUUGGUGCUGCAGUGUGCGUGACUGGGUCAGGAGCGGACCCUUACAUCCACCACUGCCUUAUCAAAGACUGUGAGAACGUCGGCCUUUAUGUAACCGACUAUGCACAGGGGACAUAUGAGGACAACGAGAUCAGCGGGAAUGCUCUGGCUGGAAUCUGGGUGAAGAACUACGCAAACCCCAUCAUGCGUCGCAACCACAUACACCAUGGGAGAGACGUCGGUAUCUUCACGUUUGAUUAUGGCCAGGGUUACUUUGAGAACUGUGAUAUUCAUAACAAUCGUAUUGCUGGCUUUGAAGUGAAGGCUGGAGCUAACCCCACAGUGAUACAAUGUGAGAUACAUCAUGGCCAGACUGGCGGCAUUUACGUGCAUGAAAACGGACGAGGCCAGUUUAUUGAAAACAAAAUUCACUCUAAUAACUUUGCUGGUGUGUGGAUAACAUCAAAUAGUGAUCCAACAAUUCGCAAGAAUGAGAUCUAUAAUGGCCACCAGGGAGGCGUGUAUAUAUUUGGAGAGGGGAGGGGACUCAUAGAACACAAUAACAUCUACGGGAAUGCCCUGGCUGGCAUUCAGAUCCGUACUAACAGCAACCCCAUUGUACGACACAACAAAAUUCACCAUGGCCAGCAUGGUGGGAUAUAUGUGCACGAGAAAGGCCAGGGGCUGAUUGAGGAGAAUGAAGUAUACUCCAAUACUCUGGCAGGUGUUUGGAUCACCACUGGCUCCACUCCUGUCCUCCGACGUAACCGGAUACACAGUGGAAAACAGGUUGGAGUGUAUUUCUACGACAAUGGGCAUGGAGUGUUAGAAGACAACGAUAUCUUCAACCACUUAUAUUCGGGUGUUCAGAUUAGGACGGGAAGCAACCCACUUAUUCGUAGAAACAAGAUUUGGGGAGGUCAGAAUGGUGGUAUCCUUGUGUACAAUAGUGGACUGGGUAUGAUUGAGAAUAAUGAGAUAUUCGACAAUGCAAUGGCUGGCGUAUGGAUUAAGACAGACAGCAACCCGGUGUUGCGGCAUAAUAAGAUACACGAUGGACGGGAUGGCGGGAUUUGUAUCUUCAAUGGGGGAAAAGGGAUCUUGGAAGAGAAUGAUAUUUUCCGCAAUGCCCAAGCUGGCCUGCUUAUCAGCACCCAAAGUCAUCCAACGUUACGGCGAAACCGAAUCUUUGAUGGUCAAGCUGCGGGUGUGGAAAUCACAAAUAACGCUACAGCUAACCUGGAUGGAAAUAAAGUGUUCAACAAUAAGUUUGGCGGACUGUGUCUUGCCAGUGGGGUCAACCCAGUUAUGAAAGAUAACCAUAUCUAUGGUAACCACAAUAUGGUUGAGAAGGCGGUUGGCUCGGGGCAGUGUCUCUACAAGAUCUCCAGCUACACCAGCUUCCCCAUGCAUGACUUCUACAGGUGUAAAACAUGUAACACUACAGAAAGGAAUGCAAUUUGUGUGAACUGUAUAAAAACUUGCCAUGGGGGUCAUGAUGUCGAGUUUAUCCGACAUGACCGAUUCUUCUGUGACUGUGGAGCGGGCACAUUAAACAACGCAUGUCGACUACAGGGCGAACCAACACAGGAUACAGACACUCUCUAUGAUUCUGCUGCCCCUAUGGAAUCUCACACAGUGCGACUGAACUGAUCCCAGCGUGGCCUUGUUCAAGGCUUCAUACCAAAAAUUAGCCAUAGAAAAAAUAUUUUCCAAGUUAGUCCAUUCUUCAAUGGAUCAGAUCUUUUCUAUUUGGCAAAAAGUGUGCCAGAUUAGCUCCAUAACUUGAUCUGCAAUGGUUGGUCAAUGGAGAAAUUUGUUAUUUACUGAACAGAUGAAAUAACAGAUGAUGCACACUGUCAUGUAUACAUGUGGCAUUAAGGCAGAAUGUUCCUGUCUGUUUCUAUAGAGCAAUAACUGUUAACAUCCACACAGGAAUGUGACUAGCAUUUAAAACUGAAGAUGUACAUGUACAUGCUCAUGUGAAACUGUAGAUGUUGUGAAAGCUUACACUGUUUUGAAAUUCACCGCAUUUACAUUUGUUUAGUUGUUUACAGCCUCAUUUGUAUAGUUGUUCACAACCUCAUUUGUUCACUUGUAUGAUGGUGCUGAAAAAUUCUCACACAAGUGGCACAGUUUAUUGCUAUACCAGUCUGCAUUUCGAGCUUUCUCAAAAUUGCAAUGAUUAUCUUUAUUUCUUAUCUUAAUUAAUUCUAUUUGGAGAACAGUUUAUAAGAUUGCUGUCAUGAAAUUAGAGGCGUAGGUAGGCAAGUUUGAUGCUUCGCACUAGCUACAGAGUAAAGGGUGCCCUCCAGUUGUUCACAAGUUUUGCUAUUUCUAGCAAUGACUCUUUGCCUAUUGGAACUUCAAUUACGCUACUGAUAUGCCCGUCAGAAUGUUUAAUGCACUUUGGCCAGUACUGUAAUGUUGUAACUGAACAUCAUAAGAAUAAUGGGAGAACAUAAUGAAGAAAAGUGGUUCUAUUAUCAUGAAGAAAAUUGAAGUGUUCCUUGGGAGUGCCAGGUUUUAUCAAAGAGUGGACUUCACUCCUGUAAAGUGGCUCUAGAAUUGUUCUAUGGUGACUGAUCUUGAUGAUAAAAAGGGGAAUGUUUGAACCUAAGUUUAGAAAAACAUUUCAAAUGUAUUAAUCACUGCUGACACUUGGGGCAAGAUUCUUUUCAAAAACUUAUUCAAAAAGAAAAAAAAGUUGACUGGCCAUCAUUGAACCGCUGCUAUCAUUCUUGUUAUUUUAUUUAUAGAAACAAUCUAUUUAAGCUGUUGGUAAAUGGGUUUGUCUUAUUAAAUAAAUUAACACCAUCGCUGCAUUCAGUUACAUCAUAUUUUUAUUUGAACACAGUAUGAACAGUAUUUCUUUACUAACCAGUCUACAUUAAUCUGUUGUAUGUAAUAAGUUUGCAUUCAGUUAUUCAACAAUAAAAAGUGUAUGGCUCUAUUAUCCAUCACUUUAAUAAGUCAAAAGACUAAUUGAUCUUCACAAUCGCGCAGGAUACUGGUACCUCUUUCUUUCAUGAAUGUUAGUUUAACUGAGACAAAACCAAACAAACUGAACAUAAAUCUGUCUCACAUUAUAUUGAUCUUACACUUGUAAACUGAAUCCAAAUAGUAUUGUAAAAACACAUUGUUGUAUAUUCAAGUAAAAUACACACCGUAUAUUCUUUCAUGGGUCUAGUGCCAAUACCUUGCAAUUUUUACUCGUACACAUUUGGUGUUGGUGUUACUGUUAACUUUUAUAUCUCUCAUAUGUUCAAAUCCGUAUUUAGCUCCCUUGAUUUUCAAAGAAAGUCAGUAUUUUGUCAUUCUUGUCAUGAGCGCUUUCAUGCAAACACUGGAACCUAAGCCAUAUCUAAAAAAAUUGUUGCAGCUACUAUCAUGGAACUUGGUACACAUGUUUACUUUGAGAAAACAGCACAUGCGUACCAAGUCCCUUAAGUCUGUAUUAAAUGUUGAGAUAUGUCUCUUGUUUGAAUGAUGAAAACAGAGAAGUGCUGACAUUUGCUUGUGGUGCUCCUGCUCUUAUCGUAGUGGUAAUAAGCUUUCAUAACUUCCUUUCUUUAUUAUGAUUUUAAUGUAAAUGAAGCAAAAGCCAAAGUGUUCCAUGUAUAAUACAGCAUUCAAAAGUUUUCCAUCUAGUAAAAGAUGCUUAAAUUUAUGCUGCAGUAUGCUUAAGAUACAAGUACCAUAUGCUUUCGUUGUAGUUUUCAUAUAAACUGGCUAGUCUUCUGUGAAGCAACAGCUUGAGUUAGUUUUCAUAAUGCAAAAGUACAUGCAUACCUAACCUCACUGUAAGAGGGUUGUAUAGGAAUAAAUGUAUCCCUUAGGCCUUCUGUUUUCCAUCAUUUUUAUAUGCCAAAUAUCAAAGCAUUAUUAUCGGUUUAAGCUUAUGCAGUUUUAUUCCUUUUAAGGUCUUUUUUAUGUAUUUUACCACGCAAUUGCUGAAAUGUUUGAAACUAGUUGUAAAUAUUUUCUUUGCAUCUGGUAUGCUGGAAAAUAGUGAUUUUUUAAAAUAUAUCACUCUCUGUUUUUAUGCAAUUUAAUAUAUUUAAAAAUAAUUCCUCAUUCUGAUUAGAGCUAUUUCAUUACAACAUUCAACCCAACUCAGGAAGACCAAAUAAAGAAAUUAUAUUGGGGAUGUUCUUUGUUUUUGGUUAAUAAAAAUUGGAAACAAAUUUCUUAAGGGUGGUAUUCCGGUUUGAAAGUGUCUUCCUGUGGUGGGGUGUAUGUUUCAAUGGAAAAGCCAAUACUUAAAUACCGGUACAUCAUUUUAAACAAAUUUCUGCACAUUUUAGUAUGAUUAUCAAGCUCUGUUUACUUUGGUGCUAUUUUAUAAGUAUAGAGAAAGCUCCACAAUGUCUUACUUUUAUUCUUUCAAAAUUAUUUUUUUGGCAAAACUAUGUUGUUGUUUUUCUAUUUCAUAAUCAUCAUUGAACAUUUGGAACACAUUUACCAACUCAUUGACAUUCACUGUAAUUUGACACAAAGUUAUUAAUAGGAAAUUGCAAACAUGUUGCCAUAGCAACAUAAUACAUGUGUCUGCAUUGUUGUAAGUUCUUUCAUUUUAUUUUUAUUGUUGUGCUUAUAAAUGGGGAAGAUUAAUGUAGAACUAGGAUGAUUUUUACUAUUGUACAUGUGGUGGGUGGGGGGAGAGGAUUGUUUUCUGUGUGGUAGUAGAAAUAGCUCACCUGUUAAAUGGUAAAUUUCAUUGGAAAAAUGUUCUCCCCUGUGAGAUAUGUGUACAAAUUUGUCUAAUAACACUUCACAGCUGUGUCACAUAGUGCCAUGCUUGAUGUAUUACGGUACAUUGUAUCCAUACAAAUUAGCGGAACUAAGCAUGGGGGUCUUAAACCAUAAGAUCAGUAAUUGUGAUUGGCUUAUGGUUGGCAGUCAACAUUUACAAUUAUAUUAUUGUGUCUUGGCAUCUUUUAAACUGUUAGACCAAUGCUCCUCAAACAGUCCCUGAAAUGUUCUUGUUUUCAUUUGUCUCAAGUGAUGGUGUAAAUUGAAUAAUGUUAGAGCUAUGGUAGUCGGACCUUUUGCAAUAUCUUUGCAUGUCUUUAAAUAUUGGAUUUUUUGCAUUAAAUCUUGAAUGUAAAGACAUUUUCUUUAUGAAAUUUACCAUUUAUCACAUCUCUGUUCUUACUGUUACUCUUUGUUAAAGUUAUUUCUUUUUAUUGUUCUCAUAAUUAUUAUAAAUAGUACAUUUGGUUGUCAGAGAUGUUUUAGUAUAAAUAGAUGUUAUGUGUUAUAGAAGGCCAUAGAUUUUAAAAAAUGUUUUAUUGUGUAUCAUAAUAGAAUAUGCUUGUGUUCAGUAUUUGUUGAUCGUUUAUAAGUGAGAUAACAUAUUAUUAUGCAGUUUUACGAAGAGCAUUAAAGCUACCAUUAAAAUUAGUUUGCAAUGUGUGUUAAAUAAAUUAAUGUAUAACUAUGUUAUACAUGAUGCAAGUCAGAAUAAUACAUGUAGUUGUAUAUUCGAACCUUGGAAAAAAGUUCUUUAACCAUCUAUGAAUUUAAUGAAUAUAACUGAUGAAUUUAAAUUUCUUCAGAACAUAAUGCUACUAUAUCGGCACUAGCUGUGCUAAAAAUGGGGUUGUCAUGCUCAACAAUGGCUCUAACAGCAGUUAAAGUCUUAAAGACUUUGUAUGCUCAUCUGUAUUUUAAAAGAAGUAGAGCAAUAGAAAUUACACUAAAAAUCUUUUUUUUUAUUUUGUUUCAUAAGCAUACAUUUUAUGUUCCUAGUUAGAGUUGUUGUGUUUUAGGCUAUCUUACCAGGACACAGUACUAUUUGGCACUUAAAUCUAACUGAAUACUCUACAUAUAUGUACAAUGUCCUCUCAUUAUAUUCUUGCAAAGUGUGAUAUUGUGUCUCCCAUUUUAUUACCUCGUCUGUUUUUAAAAGAAAAAAAUCAGUAUUGUGAUGGCCUUGACAUCAUGGUAGGCUUUAUGCAAUAUACUUCAACCAUGUCCACAAUUCAAAAGCUGACUAGGAUAUUGAUUAACAAACUACUUCAUACCCUCAUUGCAAGAGAAAAUAUGAACAUGUCUGGCAAGGCCAAUAGCUCUGGCUUCCAUAAUCAUUGAGUUAUGUCCCUUGUUUGACUGGAUAAAAACCAACAGAUGAGUAGUCACCCUAGUGCAUAAAGGAAAUAAAUGUGUAUUAAAGUGCAAGCAGUUAUUCUUUCAUUAAGCCAUGUAAUAAUGUGACGAAGUGUUUGCAUUUGUUCUGUGGCUCUUUAGUGUUAGAGCUAUUUUAGAUCUCUUGUUUUCAGAUUCAACAAUUAGAUUUCAUUUUUAUCAUUAAAAACUGUGCCACAAUUGUUCAAAACAAACAACUUUUUUUUAAAAGAAAAUAAGAAUAAAAAAAUGUGACAUACAGAUGAAAAUCCUUUUUUUAGGAAUGAUAAAGUUUGAAAAAAGCAUUGAGAGCUUUUAAUUUCAGACCAUAACACUGUUGUAAAGUAAGGUUGUUACUGGCCAUUUGGAUUUCAAGUAUAGUAAGGUGCACAUUGUAAUGGAUUAGAAAUGUCUCUGGAUAUAAUCUCCCCCUCCCCCCAAUUAAUUUAAAAGUUGUCAGCCGUUGCAAAAAAUUGGUGGGGGGUCUCAGUUUCCUGCACACAUGCACAACAUUGCCAGUUACACUUUCUCUUAAAUUGCUUUACACUUUCUCUUAAAUUGCUUUAUUCUGCAAGCAUACAUGUACAAAUGUUUAAAGAGGUCUCUUUUUGGUAUUCAAGUAUUCUAUAGUUAAAUUUUAUUUUGAGGUUUAUCUCUACAUAGGCUUGAUCUGCUGGAUUAGUAUAUAGGAUUUUUGUUCUGCUUCCCUUUCUAUAGUUAUGUUGUUUGUUAUUUCUAUGUUUGUAUGUUCUUAGUACUUACAAGUUUUAUAUAUAUUUUUUCAAACAGCAUGAAGCUAAAUGAGUUUAUUUAUACUUUCACUAUUGAUGAUGAACAUUAUUCAUGUUAUUUUUUUUUCCAAUUGUCAUAAAUACUAUAAAAAAUAUAAUGAGCA